UCACCUCUGGCUGGGACCCACCCCCGUGCCGUGAUGCCCCUCUGCGGCGUGUCUAUAUAGCAGUCCGGGGAGCGCUGCUGCUGAAGGAGGAUCUGCGGCAAGGUCGGAGAGCGGAGCAUCCAUACGAGCGACAUCUCUUGGAGGAGAAGGUGGCGCGUACGGCUUUUAGGAGAGGUGUUCGGGGGAGACUGCCCUUCUGUUUUCGGACCUCUGGGCUACGAGUUUGAUGCCGUUUUUCCCCCUCCGAAGAGACGCUUCCUCCGGCGGAUGCUGAGCUCCCGCGUAACCCCUUUGUACCCGCAUGUUCUGAGGGAGGCGGAGCGGCAGGGACGCCUUUGCUGAUUUCCGAAGCUCCCUUUCCCGGCACUUUAGCAGCCAGAGCGCAGUGAUACCGGGGGCUUUUUUGGGGGGGCUUUGCGGUACGGGCUGGUCUUUCAUUUAUCGCUGGUAUCAAUUCGCCGGGUAGAUAUUUGCCAUGUCAGCGCCAUCAUAUUCAUCCAGUCCUCCCCCCUAUGAAGAGCAGCCUCCGCCGGGGCAAGGACUGUUCCCGGACGCCGGACUCAAACCUGCUGGUCCAACGCCGAGCCAGAGCCGGUUCCAGGUGGAUCUCGUGGCGGAGGCGGCCGGCGCGUCCGCCGGGGACGGCGGUGCGGCCGGCGACAAAGCCACCUCCGUGUCCGGAAAGGCACACGAUGGAUCCGAGCCGGCGACCGGUGGCGAGGAGGCGAAAGGCCGGUUCCGGGUCGUGAACUUCGUGGACCCGAGCGGUGCCGGGAGUCCGGACGCCGUCCCGAUGGAAGCCUUCCAGAACGGGGACACGGUGAUGAGCGAGGGCAGCCUGCACUCGUCGACGGGUGGCCAGCAGCACUACUACUACGACACGCACACCAAUACGUACUACCUGCGCACCUUCGGCCACAACACCAUCGACGCAGUCCCCAACAUCGACUUCUACCGGCAGACUGCGGCGCCGCUGGGGGAGAAGCUGAUACGACCCACCCUGUCGGAGCUACACGACGAGCUGGAUAAGGAGCCUUUCGAGGAUGGCUUCGCCAACGGAGAGGAGCUCACUCCCGCUGAGGAGGCCGCCGCCAAGGAGGCCGUGGAUCCCAAGGGCGCCGUCAAGUUCGGCUGGAUCAAAGGCGUCCUGGUGCGCUGCAUGUUGAACAUCUGGGGUGUGAUGCUGUUCAUCCGCAUGCCGUGGAUCGUGGGCCAGGCAGGCAUUGCUCUGUCCUGUGUGAUCGUGCUCAUGGCGAUGGUUGUGACCACCAUCACCGGCCUGUCGACAUCAGCCAUAGCAACCAACGGCUUUGUGCGGGGAGGCGGAGCAUAUUACCUCAUAUCCCGGAGUCUCGGCCCAGAGUUUGGAGGCUCCAUCGGCCUCAUUUUCGCCUUCGCCAACGCUGUGGCUGUCGCCAUGUAUGUUGUUGGAUUUGCUGAAACCGUCGUGGAACUCCUGAAGGGUGCCGAUGCCCUCAUGAUCGACGAGUCCAAUGAUGUGCGGUUGAUCGGGAGCCUCACCAUCGUUCUGCUGCUGGCCAUCUCUCUGGCAGGAAUGGAGUGGGAGGCCAAGGCUCAGAUCUUCCUGCUGUUUAUUUUGUUGACUGCCAUCGCCAACUACUUUAUUGGGACCUUCAUUAAUGUGGAGUCCAAGCAACCCAAGGCCUUCUUUGGAUACAAAGCUGCGAUAAUGUUGGAGAACAUGGGUCCAGACUUUAAAGAAGAUCAGACGUUCUUCUCAGUGUUUGCCAUCUUCUUCCCAGCGGCCACUGGCAUCUUGGCUGGUGCCAACAUCUCUGGAGACCUGGCGGAUCCACAGAUGGCUAUUCCCAGGGGAACGCUCUUGGCCAUCCUGAUAACCGGCGUGGUUUACUUGGGUGUCGCCAUCACUGCUGGGUCCUGUAUCGUGCGCGAGGCCACAGGCAACGCCAACGACACCAUCAGCGGCAGCGCCGCGGCCAACUGCACUGACGCCGCUUGCAGCCUCGGUUUUGACUUCUCCGCCUGCAAGUCCAGCGAGUGCAAUUAUGGACUCCAGACUGAUUUCCAGGUCAUGGCCCUGGUGUCGGGCUUUGGGCCGCUCAUCACUGCCGGAAUCUUCUCAGCCACUCUCUCCUCGGCCUUGGCGUCCCUGGUCAGUGCGCCCAAAGUCUUCCAGGCACUGUGCAAGGACAACAUUUAUCCCGGCCUGAAUUUCUUCGCCAAAGGUUAUGGCAAGAACAACGAGCCCUUUCGUGGUUACCUGCUCACCUUUAUUAUCGGGCUGGCCUUCACCCUCAUAGCGGAGUUGAACGCCAUCGCACCCAUCAUUUCAAACUUCUUCCUGGCCUCCUAUGCCUUAAUCAACUUCUCAGUGUUCCACGCCUCUCUCGCCAACUCUCCAGGGUGGAGACCCAGCUUCAAGUACUACAACAUGUGGGUGUCACUGGCAGGCGCCGUGCUCUGCUGCGUGGUCAUGUUCGUCAUCAACUGGUGGGCGGCCCUCCUGACCAACGUCAUUGUGCUGGCGCUCUACAUCUACGUCAGCUACAAGAAGCCCGAUGUCAACUGGGGCUCCUCCACCCAAGCCCUGACCUAUCACCAGGCCCUGAUGCACACACUGCACCUCAGCGGAGUGGAGGACCACGUCAAGAACUUCAGACCCCAGUGCCUGGUCAUGACUGGCUACCCCAACUCCCGGCCUGCCCUGCUGAACCUGGUGCAUGCUUUCACCAAGAACGUGGGCCUGAUGAUCUGCGGGCACGUGCGCAUGACGCCUCGCAGGCCGAACUUCAAGGAGCUGGCCACUGACCAGGUGCGCUACCAGCGUUGGCUGCUGAAGAAUGAAACCAAGGCCUUCUAUCUGCCUGUGUUUGCUGAUGACCUGAGGCAAGGUGCCCAGUACCUUCUCCAGGUGAGUUGGUGGCUGCCCCUCAUCCACAGUAACUGUAUUGCUUGAAGAUGUUUACGUUGGUGUUGAUGUCGAUUUUAUCAUCGAAAUAAGGCAAAAGACUGCAUUCUCAAACUAGUGCAGUGUUUUAAGGCUUACUUUUGCUAAACCAUGUUUCUUCCCUUGGAUUCUGCACAGGCAUCUGGCUGUCGCAUGAAUUGUUUAGCACACGUCGUUCUUAAUUGCAGUUUUCACCCAGCUCUCCUCUGACAAGGCCAUCUGAGUCAGAUGUC